GUUGGACCGCACGCUGAUCUGGUGUACGUGUCGUGCUGGAUGAAUAUCCGGCUUCGAUAUCAAUUUUCCAGAAGAACGGAAGUCCGGGCUGCAGCGCAGCGCAACGACCUUGACCCUUGGAUCGCGAGGUCGCGCGAGAACCAGCGGAAAUUGAAGAUGAUACCGGAUGCAGAGGCUGUGUGUCAGACUUCCGAGGCUGCGGUUGACAGCGGCAGCGCCGUAUACGAGAAGAUUAAGGACCGACCGGAAAAGGAAGUGGCGUCGGUGACCGCCUGGAACCGAUAUCAGCGAUUGGUAGCCGCGAUGGAAUCCCGAGGUGGUGAAUUCAACCGGAAGUCCGUGAUCGAUGCGAUCUUCCGUGGCAGCGAUCUCGUCUACGUCACUCACUGAUCGGCGGAUCGAUCAGGCGCGAGUGGGAAUCUCUCGCGCGUUCCUGUACCAAAGUACCAGCCAGUAUGAAAUCACUUUUGAGCAGUGGUGUAGAAUUCGCGAGUCACAACGUCCUAAUACUUUUUGAACGCGAUGGAUUUGUACGUGAGGAUCUAGCGAAAUUUUUCGAAAGAAUGGAAACGACAUUUACACUUUUACUUCUUCAUAGAAUGAAAUAAUAAUGCUAUG